GGGUGUGGUGAAGGGAGGGGAGAGAGGGGGGAAUGGGGGGGUUGAGGAGGGAGAGGCAGAGGGAGAAGGGGAUGCGCCGAGGGUUAUGGGGACGGUGAUGGGGAUGGGGGAGUCGGUGGGCGGUGGAUUGUUGGAUAGUGUUGUGGUUUCGCAGGAGCAGUUCGUGAGAGAGUAUGAGGAGUUGGGAAAGUUAUCCAGCGCAGGCAAGAUCUUCGGGACGUCAUUGAAGAAGCUAGCAGGCGCAGGAGCGCACGCAGCAGUGCACGCCGCGGCGCUGACGGAGAUGGAUGCGCGGAUGCCGUACAGCGACGCGGUGCCGUAUGCGUACGCGCCCUUCCCGGCGUAUAAUACCGAGACGUGGAGACAGACGAAUAAGGGCGAGUAUGUCCCGUGUCUAGGGCCGGAGGAGGAGCUGGCGGACAUCGUGGGGUUCUCGGGACAUGUGGAAAGCUUGCGGCAGCCGGCGAUGGGGUCGUAUGCGCUGUUGGGCAUAGAUGGGAAUAUCUGCUUUGAGAGGGAGGGGAGGCUGGCCGCGUAUGGGUAUAGGGGAGUGAAGGGGAAGAGGGGACAUGUGAAGAAGCGAGUGGACUGGGAUGCGGUUAAUUGGGAUAUAUUGCAGGACUUCUGUUAUCAGAAGAACUCGGAUCGGUAUGUGCAGGUUGAUCAGCUUGGGCCUGUCAAAAAUGCUGUUAGGGAUGUCGAGAGUUCUUCAAUGGCGUCCCACAGUACUGAGGCUGAUGCUCAAGAACGGGCGUUGCUUGGUACAUCUCAACUCACGAUGAAACCCAAAUCCCGAACAGCGGUUCUUCUUCGCGCUUCUUCCGGCAGGGAAUACAGCGAGAACGACAAGCAGAACAUUCGCUCUUUGGUGACUGAGCUAUCUUUAAGAAGCGGGGGUGAAUACCACGUCUUCUUGUUGGUUCAGGUAGAGGAUGACCUUCCACUCUCGAAAGAAUCAUUUAAAGCCAACAUCCCGAAGGAAUUCUGGGGGAUGGUAAUUCCUUGGAACGAGGCCACGAUGAAGGAAUGGUAUCCUCUGGUCCAGCAAUCUCAAUGGCUCUCUGUCCAGAAGUUUUCCCAGGAGCAUCCCGAGUUCGAUUACUAUUGGAACUGGGAGUUUGACUCCAGAUAUACCGGCCACUAUUACGAUCUGCUCGAGAAGCUGGCCGCGUUCGCGAAAGCACAGCCAAGGAAGGGUCUCUGGGAGCGUAACGAGCGGUUCUAUAUCCCCUCGAUCCAUGGUCACUACGAUACCGAGUUCCGCAAGAGGGUUGAGAAACUCUCCGAGGACAGCACGAUAUGGGGAGCCCCCCAGUUGUCGACGAACCUCGCAUUGUCGAGCCUCGCUCCCGUUGGCCCCCCUCCUCCGGUGGAAGAACCGGGCGAUGAUAACUAUCAAUGGGGCGUGGGAGAAGAAGCAGAUUAUAUAUCUCUGACGCCCAUCUUCAACCCCGUCAAUACGAGUUGGCCGGGCCGAGACGAUAUCUGGGGCUACGCGGGUGCCGACGAGACCCCGCGGCGCGCAAGUAUCGACGACACGCAUUCUCGAUGUAGCAAAAAGCUACUCGAUACCAUGCACGCCGAGAACCUGAGGGGAAACCAAGCCAGCGGCAAGAUGGCGCCGCAGACCGUGGCCUUGCUACACGGGUUAAAGGCAGUCUAUGCGCCCAUUCCCGUGUUCUUCGACCGGGCCUGGAGUGGCUCGAGCCUACAGAAAUGGUUCAACCCGGGGCCGAAGGGCGUCAGUGGGAGUAGUGAGGAGAGCCCGUUCAGCAAGGGGCGAGAGGUGCGGUUUGAAGGGAGUACCUGGCAUGACAAGGCGGUGCCGCCGAUGAGGCUCUACCGGGAAUGGUUGGGGUGGGAGGAUAAGGGGACCGGGGGUGCUGAGUGGGAGAAGAAACAUGGGCGGUCCUGUUUACCCGCCAUGCUGCUCCAGCCGAUCGACCUGGGCCGGGAGUCACGUGACUAGGUUGUGGUUACUCAGUCGUGACUAAGCACGGGCUGGGCCGUUGGUAGCGAGGAGUAGCGAAACGUAGCGACGACCGUAGCGAGGAUGAUGACUGUAUUAUUAUUCAGCAUUUGAUGUACCUCCGUGAGGUAUAUACUCCUACCGCCUUCUUUCCCGUCAUCCAUUGUACGUAAGAAAUAUACUCCGCAAGGGUGAUCACCUGAUCCCCACCCCCAUUGGUCAAUCCCCAGCGCGGGGAGCAGCGGGGCUCCAGUCGGCCCGUUACGAGCAGCGGUCUGGGGCACAGCUCCGCGAUGUCAUUGGAGAUCUGCUCCAGGAACGCACUUCACCCCAGAGACAGCAAAUAAAAACAACGAAAACAUCGA